CCUUGUUCUCAUAUAAUAGCUGGGAUGAGAAGUGAGUAUAUUGAUGAAUUUCCAAGCAAUCUAGUUUCUAAGAGGUGGUUGAAAACAGCCAAGUCUGCUCAUGUGUAUUCAAUUUCAGAGCCUAGUAUUCAUUCACAGAAUAUGAAAUUGUUGCGAAAAGGAGCUAUGUCUGCCGCAUGCAACUAUCUCGCAGAAAUAGCAUGCGAAAAGGAUGAUGAUUUUUCAAGUGUAAUGGAAGACAUUUAUAAGCUGUUGAGGGAUGUUCAGAAGAGUCGCAAACCGGGUUGUACAACAAAGAGUGCAGCCUUUAAUGUGGGUGAUCCAACUGUUGUACAGGGUAGAGGUGCCCCCAAGAAGACCAGAACUGUCACCAAGAGAAGGCAUUGCUCAAAUUGCAGGGGUAUUGGACACACGAUUCGUACGUGCCCGGUUUUGCUUUAUCCUGAUCAAGUCAAUAACAGUGAAACAGGUGAAUCUGCAAGUGAAGGAAUUGAGGACAGCACAGACGACGAGACAAACGUUGGCAGCGUAGAUCGGCAGAAUAAGGGGGCUUCGGUGGCAAGUAAACUUAAAUCGCAGCAACGGAAGCAGGGAAAUGACUCCUCAUCCACCCAAAACAAGCGUUCAAAUCAGAACACGGUGUCGACAAAACAAAAUAAGCGUAAAUCUAAGCAGCGAGAAGUCCCAGUCAUGAUUCAUUCAAGCCAAGUAUCUGUGAAUGAAGUGACUCAGAGUUCACCGAAUAAUGCAGGUCGCGGUGAUGUGGAUAACAACAGAGUUACUUUGUUGCCCCAGCAUCCACAGGAAAUACCUUUGACCCAAGAAUCUGUGAAUCAGGUACAGGUUUAUAACAUGGAGCCUAUUGUACAACAAGUCCACUAUCCUGUUGUUCGUGCUUCAGCUGGACUUCCAUUUUUGCAACCUACUUAUGCCGUGAAUAUGACUAAUGGAGUUCAGGUGUUUCCACAGUUUAUACAGCACCAAAACGUCCAGGUUCCUUACCAAGGAGUUCAGAUGCAAACUCUAUUUCAAGCUGGACCUUCUGGCUUACUCCCGACAUUUUCAUCGACGUUGGCGGCAGUCGAUAGGAGACACAAUAGAAAUUCUAGUUUAGGAAAUAAUUGAAAGCAUUUCAUUUUAAGUCAGUUUGAUUUUGAUAUUGGAACAAAUUAUGUAUUUGUGUGAAGGAAAAAAAUUAUUAAAUUAUAUUU